AUGGCCUCGAACCGAGGAAUUCAGAUUGGAUCCGCGUGGUUUCAACGGAAACUGAACUUGAGGCCGCAGCACCGGGGCGUGCACCUCGUCACUGAGGAGAUCCUCAAGCAGGUGCCGGAGCUCUCGCAAUUUGCAGUCGGUCUCUGCCAUAUCCAGAUAAUGCACACAUCGGCAAGUCUCGCGCUCAACGAGAGCUGGGAUCCUGAUGUUAGAGAUGAUAUGGAGAUGAUGCUCAAUAAAAUAGUGCCGGAAGGCUUGCCUUAUCGACACUCAUGUGAAGGCCCUGACGACAUGCCUGCUCAUGUGAAGGCAUGCUUCCUGGGAUCCUCACUAACAAUCCCCAUAACUGAUGGCAAGCUGAACCUUGGCACCUGGCAAGGAGUUUGGCUCUGCGAACAUAGGAAUCACGCUGGCAGCCGAAAGGUGGUAGUGACGCUGUCAGGGUGCCCCCGUGACUCCCCCCUGUCGCCUGUAUCGGCCGCGUCGUGUUCCAGUUAG